GCAAAGCAGCGAAGUGUCAUGUUCGGGAGUGAGGAGAAAAAACUCGCAGAGGCAGUGCGUGUGAAUCAGCGAAGAAAAACAGAAGCACCCGAAAGAAAAGGUGCAAAAAACCUGCUUAUCAUCGCUGAUACGCGACUGGACGACGCAACAAAAGGCGUUUGUGUGAAGUGUUUUCCAGAAUAGCCUCGUCGGAAAAGUAAAGAUUGAUCCAGCGAAAAGGCAGCUCAUCGAGGAAAUCCAUAUCACUCCCCACCCUCCCCUGGACGGGGCAAGGAGGUGCUGCUGCUCGGCGCAAUAGAAGGACGGGGGCCCGUGCAGGGCGAUUGUUUUCUUUGUGCUCAACGGGUGCGAUCGUAGAAGGCGUUGUUGCUGCCCUGCCAGGGGUGCAUCUUUUCCUGUGAUUUUAAUUCCCGGAGUACUGCCAUUUUCAGUGCAAUAUUAGUUCAGCUCAGAAGUGUGCGCGUGUGUGUGGGCGCGGGUGUGUAUGCGUUUAGUUUAAAUAGGUACGGUAAUGUGAACCCCCAUUGCAAGCGAGUGCGAGUUCUUUGUUUACAAAAUUGCUCCCCCGUCCUCCCGUUUCGGACGGUGGGCAUGUUCGCCAUAACCCCUUGUCCGUGGGGCGUGUGUCUUCCAUGCUGACAAUGGUAUAGUGUUACCCAGUGAAAUAGCUCCUGCUACCUGCAGGUCUGUGCGUCUCGUGAACCGGAAGUGGCGUGAAGGAUUUCCGUUUGGAACUGUUGCGUAGUAGAAAUAUCAAAUCCCCACCAUCGUCACCCGUCACCCGUUUCCCAGUGCGACUAACACAAACGUACGUACGGUGCUACAACGCUCCCUCUCUCUCUUUCGCUCUUUCGUACGCGAUUUGUCUAAUUGACGUAUGCGCGCGCGGUCGCUCUCGCUCUCUCAUACUCUGUCUCUCUUCUUCCGUCUAACGCUCGAGCAAGGCUUUACAGUGAGCACAGAGUAGGAGCAGCCUCUUGACCAGCCAAGGUCACGAAGCGACACUCCGCUAGCGCACAGGCAGCGUAGGCACGGCAGGCACGGCAGGCACGGCAGGCAGGCAAAGCUCUGCAUGUUUACGUUUACGCGAUUGCUGGCGAUGGUGAGGAAGCCUUCUGGUUUCCCCGUGAACAGUGUGUGUUAGUGUGCGUGUGUGAAUUUUCUUGCUAAAGUAACCCCCUCUGCACGAUAAGAAAGGGUGCACAAUAGGGAAGCGGGUUCACUCAAGGCCAUUCGGGAGGGAGGGAAAACUCAGCGAUCCUUCCCAUCCAUCAUCAGCGACAGCGCCCAGCGCAGGGAGAAAGUGUCACUACACACACACACACACACACACACACACACACACACACACACACACACACAGAUACAACCCACACGUGCCCCACCUGGAGCAUCUAGCGCGUGGAACCCUGUUUGACGGUUUCUUGAAGGAGCGAAUGGUUUGAAACGCUGGGGACAACAACAGCACAGCAACUGCAACCAUGAUGCAAGCGGAGGACUCCGAGAGCCUUUCGUGGAUCAGUGAUAAGCCACCGACGACGGAUGGAACGCUCGCAGUGCAGCCGCCGGAUGUGGUGUCCGGUCCGUUCACAUCGCUUACCCUCGACAUGACCGACACGGACGACAUCGACGAUCGGCGAUCGCCGGCCAUGAACGGAGCGGGCGGACCCACCGAUACUGCCGGCACCAAGAAGGAGCGCAGCUUCCUGCUAAUGGACGAGCAAGAGCGGAUAUGCGUGCGCUCGGCCGAACAAUUCUGCAAGCGGCUGUCCGUAUCGCCCGACGCCAAGCUGAAGGUCGUGUCCAUCUUCGGCAACACGGGCGACGGCAAAUCGCACACGAUGAAUCACGCCCUGUUCGGUGGCCGGGACGUGUUUAAAACCUCCUCCGAGCAGGCGUCCUGCACGAUGGGCAUCUGGGCGGCGUACCAGCGGCAAAAGAACGUCCUCGCGCUCGACACCGAGGGGCUGCUGGGGGAAACGGUGAACGAAAACCGCCAGAUGCGCAUGCUGCUCAAAGUGCUGGCCAUCUCCGACAUCAUCAUCUAUCGCACGCGCGCCGAACGGUUGCGCACGGACAUGUACAAGUUUCUCGGCACGGCGUCGAAAGCGUUCACGAAGUACUUUUCCGGCGCGCUGCAGGCGCUCGAUCUGCCCGGUCCGCCCCAGGCGCUCGGGCCCGCCGUCAUCAUCUUCCACGAAACGCACAACACGGAGGUGCUGAAGGAGGACGAGGAUGGAAAGAAGGAGGAGGACAUACUGCGCGAACGGUUCGCCAAGCUGCGGCUCGAGCUGAGCGCGUUCAGUUCGCUGCGGUACGUGGGCGUGCGCACCUCGAAACCGCCGACCAACUACGAACCGCUGCGCAUGGUGUGGGAGAAGGAGGUGCGCAACACGGCCGUCCGUUCGCCCCGGUUGCCGCGGGUCGUGUUCGAGGCGCUGCUCGCGCUGAACAACAAGUUCAACGGCGAGCUGAGCCCGCUGCCGUUCCACGCCUUCCCGGAGCAGUACUUUACCUGCACGACGUACUGCAAGUCGUGCGACGCCCGCUGCCAGCUGUCGAUGGGCCACCUGGAGCUGAAGGAGGACCACCGGUGCGGCAGCACCAGCUGCAAGUACCAGCAUCAGCACGAGAACAAGGUGUACCUGUGCAACCGGUGCUACGUGAACGGGCGCCAGGUGGUGGUCAGUAUUAAGACGCAAAAGUCGAACGACUCGUCCUGGAUGGGGCUGGCGCUGUACGCGUGGAGCGGCUCCGUCAUCGAGUGUCCGCACUGUGGGGAGAUCUACCGCUCGCGGCAACACUGGUACGGGAACAAGCCGCCGGAGCAGAACGCAGUACGGACGGAAAUUGUGCACGUCUGGAACGAUGGCGGGCUGCAGCUGCAGGGCCCGACCCAUUCGGCCCAGCUCGUGCUGGACGGGGUAGCUUACAUCACCGAUGCCAUGGCCAGCGUUGGCUCACAGCCGACGAAGCUCGUCAAAUCGUGGGUAACGGACAAAAUACGGCCCGCGUACUGGCGCCCGGACAGUGAGAUUAUUCACUGCAAAGGAUGCAUCAGCAACUUCGAGCGCUUGGGUCUGAAGAAGCAUCACUGUCGCAGCUGUGGCGAAGGGUUCUGCAACCAUUGCUCCAAGCACGAGAUGGCCGUACCGAGCCGCGGCUGGAACUAUCCGGUGCGCGUGUGCAACAGCUGCUGGAACGACGGCCGAAACGGUGGCACCGUGGGCACGGAAGGGCUGGCCGGUCCGGGGGCAGCCGUGAAUGGAAUGACAUCGAACGGGAACCACCAUCCUCACCACCGCCAUCACUCGCCGGAACAAACGCACCGGAAUGCAGAGCGGGAAGAAGUUGCUGACCAAGCGCUUACUGAUGAGGCUGACCUCCUCGUGCCGUCUUCUUCUGCAGGCAAUAAUGGUAUCGACGAGGCGAACAACGUGCUGGUGCGGCGCUACGGCGAGGCAGUCAUCAACACGAUCAGCAACAUUGGCGCCGUGCUGGAGUACCCGAAAGAUUUUAUCAAGGAAUCGGCCCGCCCAUCCUACUGGGUGCCGGAUGCGGAGGCACCGAACUGCUACAUCUGCGAGCUGCUGUUCGGUUCGCCGGAAGAGCUGAACGCGCUGGCAGCACUUGCCAGCCAACCUGCCGCCCCAGCAUCAGCAGUAGCGCCCCAUGCCUCCGGAACAUCGACACCGGCGACAGCAGCGUCGCCUGCCAAGCGGAGCGAGAGCGGUGCCGCCGACCCGGUGGCCCGUUCGGGCGGUGGAACCCUACGCACCUCGGGCGGUGGCGCAUCCGUUCCCCCGAAGGCUGGCGUUGCUGGUGUGCCGGCGGCCCAACGUUCGGCUGCCGGCUCAGCAUCGUACCGUUCGGCGAUCGAUCGCCGGAGGCACCACUGCCGGGCGUGUGGGAAUGCGGUCUGUGCCGGCUGCUCGCAGAACCGUCGGCCCGUACCGAAACGGGGCUGGCUGAGUGAUGUGCGCGUCUGCAACAGCUGCUACACGGCGGAAGAUUAGGCGCGUUCCUAGGGCGAGCACGUUGCCUGCUACCAGUAGUUUGUAAUAUUUCUAUCAGAGACUCGUUUCCAAUCCCCAACCCCACAAACCCGUUCUCGCGGAUCGUUGACACCCAGCGUUUAGCAAAUUAUUAGUACAAUUUGUAGCUUGCUUUCCGUUGUCCGCGCUAGCGUGAAUGUAUGUGAAACCUUCCUGGAUAUAUCCUUCCUUCCAAACAAAAGAAAACACCGCGGCACCAGGCUGCCGCCCCCAAAAGCUCAAGCUUCUUCUCAAGCCCUCUCUUCCCCUGUUUUGCAUUUCCACCCGUGUAGGCGGGGGGUUAGUGACAAAACAACAAAUGUGUGUGUUUAGCCAAAAGAAAAACAAAACAAACGACAACAACGCUUCAAGCUUGAGGUGGUGGCGACAGCGUGGCAUUCUAGGGCACGGCUGCCGAACGACCAAAAAUGUGAUGAUAUUUACCUUUGUUUUCAAACACUUUUACUAGCUCUUAGCUUAUGAAUAUUGAUAAUGAUUUUGAUUGUUUGUUUAAUUUUGUUUUUUUUUUUCCUGUGUACACCUUAUUUGGUUCGGCUUUGAAGAGACUGUGGCGCGAAAACGGAAAAGACUCUAGUAUUUGAAUGAGUGGAGAGGGAUUGUUGAAGGAACAGUGUAGUAUAGAACUGUUUAGCUUUAAAUCGUUUCCGCGUUGAUUUGAUGCCUUGCUUGUUCAGUUUGUUCAUAGAUGUUUUGUAUUUUCGUAACUCAACUAAACCUGUACUGGCGUUAAAAAAGAGUGAUCUGGUGCGUAGCAGGAAAAACAAAGCAGGGCUUUAUUAGGUUUGGAAAUUUGUUGCACGUUCGCUCGCUUUCUUCAUGAUGCUGAUGCGACACAACUUCGAAUGCCAUGAGGAUGAUGGUGACGAUCAAUGAUGCUAACCAUCGUACCCUUCGUUUCAUCAUCCCGAGGAAACCUGAAAUGGUUUUAAAACUCUACAAAAAAAGAAACCGCCCGAUCGCCCGAUCGGGCACGGCCAGAAUCAAAAUUACCACAAAACAAACCACCCGCGAUCAUCUUCCUAAAACGAACAUAUAAAAAAACCAAAACAAAAUAACGGUUAUGCUGCCAUCCGGUAUUUAUAUGUACACCUCAGUACACUGUUGGUGUUGCAAUGCACACACAAACACACACAAUACACACUCAAAACACAUGUAAUGAGCAUAAGCGAUUGAAUUUAACUCUCUGUACCAUUUUUGCGUGAUUAAAAAGAGCACGCGAGUGACACGGAUCUAGCCGUGUGUAUCUGUUUGCUGGCAAAUUACGAUAACAACAAAAAAAAAGAACCCCGGGAAGCAAAACGGAGCAAUUGCGCCAUGGCGCGGCCGCGUAAACAUAGUUUAUGUGGCGGAUAGUGUGUAGUUAAAGUAAUUGAUAUUUCCCCCCUUCUUCCAGCAGAACAACACUCCCGUGUCCCUCCGGCAGUCCUUUCGUGUGGCAUCUUACUAUGUACUGUACGGACACAUAAAACCACAUAUAUAUAUUGAACAGAUAUAUACAGAUAAAGAUACAUACAUAUACAUAUAUAUAUAUAUAUAUAUUUCGAUAACUCUUCAGAAGAAUUCGAAUGGCACAGUUUUAGAAUAAAUUAAUGGUUUUUCUUUUCUUUA